UCGCUCGCGCUCCCCGCCCGCCGCCCGCGGUCCUCCGUCGGUUCUCUCCUUAGCCCGCCGUCUCCCACGGAGCUGCUCGCCCUUGUCUCGGAGCUCGCGGACUCGCGGACAGGCGUCCUCAGCGCGAAGAGGCCGGACUCCGAGUCGUCGUCUUGAGCCUUGCAUCUAAGAAGUCCCAAGUACUUUGUACAGCUGCAUCCCAGAAGCUGAGUUUCUUCAGCACCUUCAUAAGGUAUUGAUGGCUGCCAUCAGGAAGAAACUGGUGAUUGUUGGUGAUGGAGCUUGUGGUAAGACAUGCUUGCUCAUAGUCUUCAGCAAGGACCAGUUCCCAGAGGUUUAUGUGCCCACGGUGUUUGAAAACUAUGUGGCAGAUAUUGAAGUGGACGGGAAGCAGGUAGAGUUGGCUUUAUGGGACACAGCUGGACAGGAAGAUUAUGACCGUCUGAGGCCUCUCUCCUACCCAGACACUGAUGUUAUACUGAUGUGUUUUUCCAUUGACAGCCCUGAUAGUUUAGAAAACAUCCCAGAAAAAUGGACUCCAGAAGUCAAGCAUUUCUGUCCAAAUGUGCCCAUCAUCCUAGUUGGGAACAAGAAGGAUCUUCGGAAUGAUGAGCACACAAGGCGGGAGUUAGCCAAAAUGAAGCAGGAGCCGGUAAAACCUGAAGAAGGCAGAGAUAUGGCAAACAGGAUUGGCGCUUUUGGGUACAUGGAGUGUUCAGCAAAGACCAAAGGUGGAGUGAGAGAGGUUUUUGAGAUGGCCACUGCAAGCUAGAUGCAGGAAGAAAAAGUCUGAGUACCUCAUCUUGUGAAGCCUCGUGACGUGCAGCCUCACGCGGUUAAUUUGAAACGCUCUUUAUUAAUCUUAGUGUGUGAUUACUGGCCUUUUCAUGUAUCUGUAACUUACCUAAGAUUACAAAUCAGAAGUCAUCUUGCUACCAGUAUUUAGAAGCCAAUCCUGUUUAUUAAUAAUAUCCAACCUGUCUGACCAGCCAGGGUCCUCCCGUCACUGCUCUAACACCCUCUCUGCACUCCACCUGACACCAGGCGCUAAUUCAAAGAAUUUCUUAACUUCUUCCUUCUUUCUAGAAAGAGAAACAGUUGGUAACUUUUGUGAAUUAGGCUGUAACUACUUUAUAACUAACAUGUCCUGCCUAUUUUCUGUCAGCUGCAAGGAACUCUGGUGAGUCACUACUUCAGAGCUUUACUCCUUAACAGAUUCCAUUGGCAGAGCUCUGGGGUGGGCACCCAGUGUUUGGAAACUUGAUCAGCCAGAAAGGCCCAAGUCCACGCAGCUGUGGCAGAGUUACAGUUCUGUGGUCUCAUGUUAGUUACCUUAUAGUUACUGUGUAAUUAGUGCCACUUAAUGUAUGUUACCAAAAAUAAAUAUAUCUACCCCAGACUAGAUGUAGUAUUUUUUGUAUAAUUGGAUUUCCUAAUACUGAUAUUUGUCAUUCCCACAGAAAGUGUAUUGCUUUUUUUUUUUUUAAGAAAGUAUUUGGAAAUAAAGUCAGAUGGAAAAUUCAUUUUUAAAAUUCCCAUUUUGUCACUUUCUCUGAUAAAAUAUGGCCAUAUCUCCCCUAUUCAGCCCUAUACAUCAUUCCAGUGCCCCUUUCCAGACUGGACUGAGGAAAUAGGAAUUGGUUUCACGCCUGAGGCUGUUAGACUUUGGAGGUGGCAUAGCCUUUCUCACCUGGACUGCAGGGCCUGGCUCUAAGUCACAGUGCUCCUUUCUCCACACUGUUAUCCAAGUCGCCUCCCAGAGGAGCCACCAGUUCUUAUGGGUGGCAAUGGGUGGGUGGGUGGGGGGUCUCCUCUCUCCAGCUGACUAAACUUUUUUCUGUACCAGUUAAUUUUUCCAACUAAUAGAAUAAAGGCAGUUUUCUAAA